ACAGAAAAAAGAUAAAAAGUUGAGGCUUUGGCUUUGUUUUCUUGAGAUGAUUAAGCUUCCAAUUCGGAGAACGACGGAAAUGGAUGGCGCCGGAGAGUAUCACAUGGGCCCCGACGAGUCGUACCGGUCUCUGCCGUCGGUUUACUUGGCCUUCUUGACAAUCUGGUUCAUCUCCGCUUGCUCUUGGACCUUCAACACCUACAAAAACCGCCACCUCCAGACGAAUAAUUUGCAGUGGACGCUCGCAUCUGUACCAUUAAUUAAAGCCUUGCAACUCACAUUAUCUUUCCUCUUCUGGUAUUCAUGCUUUCAUCUACAGAUAUGCUCUUUGUGGAUGUCAUUUGGGGUGUAUGUAACUGGAGUGAUAUUUCAAACAGCUUCUUUUGUGUCUUUCUUACUCAUAUCUCAUGGUUACUGCAUCAUGUGCGAGCGUCUUUCAAUCACUGAGCGGCGUACUACUGCUUCCCUUGGCUGUGUGUUUUACUUGACUCUAGUUGGAUACAGGGCUUCUGUACCUUAUUUUUCAGUCCUGCUGUUACUUAAUUAUGUUAUCUCAUUCUACGUGAUAUUCCAUCAUAUAUCUCAAAAUCUGUUAGUGUUGCGGGAACAGUUAAGUUUCAUAGAUAAUGAGGAUGUGCAUGCAAUGCAUGAUGCAGUCUAUACAAAGUACGUCAUGUUCAAAAAAUUUCAAGGUGCAAUGCAGAUAGUAGCCAUGGCAGAGACUAUGAUAUACAUUAACAUGGAUGACUCUUCAGAAAAUUACUGGAUUCGAUUGUUAGUUCGAGAAUGGGCACAGUUCUGCAUCUUUGUUUACAUAGGGUGGACUUUUAGGUCAAGGGACCUGGCACCACGUUUCUCAGUCAUGCCAACUUUGAAAUCUAAAGGAGAACUAGCAGUAGCUCCUGUCUAUAGCAUUGAAAUGGAUGCAGAAACUUUCAAAGAUUUUACUCGGCAUGAAUGGCACAUUGGUGUGCCCACUUUGAAAUCUUCUGAUGAGAGCUCAAAGGAUUCUGUCUUGGUCAUAAUUCAGCAUCCUCGCGCAUUUACAUUGACUAAAGCUGGAGCUGGAAAAUCUUCUCAAAGCCAAGCUUAGACAGUUUAGCACUUACACUAAAAGUUGCAGCAGCUUCACUUCAUAAUGCAUGCAAACAUUGAAGCAAUUAAUCACUUGCAAGUUUUUCAAACAUUCUUUGGCGGCUAGCUAUUUUUUCAGUGAGGCAAGCCACCAGCGUUUUCCUUCAAAUUUCAAGUCGCAGGCAAUAUGCAAGGACUUGUGAAUUGUAAAAUGUUCAGUCACUUGGGUCAGCAGCUCAUACAUACUUGUAAGUACAUACAAUCAAUCAAUCAAAUUGUAUAAAUCAGCCAUAAAAUUAGAGAAACAACUGUAUCUUCUUUGCCCUUUGUUAAUGUUAGUGUACCAUUACCAUUCGUCAUUCAUCCUUGAAAUGUAAAUUUGAGAUUGAAGACAAGAAUCAAAUUUUCUUCAUUAGGACCCCUUUUCUGUUACGUGUUAACGUUACUUCCAAGAAGGACUGUGUCUCUAGGAGC